AUGAAGAUCCAGUGUGAUGUAUGUGACAAAGAUGAAGCAUCAGUAUUCUGUGUGGCGGAUGAAGCCGCCCUCUGCGCCGCCUGCGACCACCGUGUCCACCAUGCCAACAAACUUGCCGGAAAACACCAUCGCUUCUCCCUCCUCCAACCUUCACCUGAACAAUUAGCAGUCUGUGAUAUCUGUCAGGAGAAGACGGCCAUCUUGUUCUGUCAACAAGAUAGAGCAAUUCUAUGCAAAGAGUGUGAUAUUCCAAUACACAAAGCAAAUGAACACACUCAAAAGCAUAAUAGAUUUCUUCUCACUGGUGUAAAGCUUUCUGCAACUUCUGCUCUUCAUUCUUCAUCCUCGACAACAACAUCGACAGAAUCCCCUUUAACAAAUGUUUCAGAUUCUGUUCCCAAUAUUCAGCCCCACACUUCAUUACAUAAGCCUGUUUCUGUUUCUUCUUCUGUUUAUGAAACCCUCACCAAUCCGCCACCUUUCACUGCAAAGACCACUUCAGUGAUGGCGCCGCCGCCGACAUAUUUCAAAAGUGGUGGAAAUAUUGAACUGAUAAAUGGAGAAAACAAUGAUUCUACAAGUAGCAUAUCAGAAUAUUUAAUAAAUACACUUCCAGGGUGGCAUGUUGAAGACUUACUUGAUUCUUCUUCUACUGGUUUCUUUAAGACUACAGAAAACGAUGUCUUGUCUUUCUUGAAUGCUGAUCUUGGGAGCAAUCUGAGUACUUUUCCCCCAGAAAACAUGGGGUUUUGGGUCCCUCAAGCCCCUCCUCCUUUAUAUUAUCCAACACAAAUUCAAUCAUAUCCAACUUUAAACAUAGCAUUGGGGGCACCAGAUGAAUUAAAGGAGUUCAAACAAAUAUCAAACAUCAAAUCCAGCAGAAAACGGAGUAGUGAAGACAAUUCAUUUGCUGUUCCACAGAUCAAUUGA